AUGGCUCCGAACGCGCCGCCCGUCGUGCAUGACGAGGUCACGCCGCAAUACCACAACGUGACGACGCCCGUGUACCGGGCGACGACGACGAAACCGGACCCGGUGCAGUCGGCGCCGUCGCUUUUCGUGCACUGGAUCAUCGGUCUGUUGCUCGCCUUCUCGGUCUUUACCGUCACGGUCUACUACAUGCCGAUCCGUGAUCCCAUCACGACCAAUGUCCUCAACAAGUGGUGGGAUGUCAACCCCAAGGUCAAGGGCUCGGGGCACUCGGAGAUGACGAUGCCCACGUACUUCUUCUUUGGCGUCGUGCUCCCGGUCCUCGUGUCGUUCUUGCUCGUGCGCUUUGUGACCAAGGGCGUGCAAGCGCCCGUGCCGCACCUCUCGCAUUGGCUCCAGCGCAAGCCGCGCUUUGCAUUCUCGCUCGUGAGCUAUGGCGAGAUCCUCUUCCUCAUCGUCAUUACGGUCGGGAACGUCCUCUUCUUCUACUACUUUUACUCGGCCCGCGUGACGGCCAAGACAUCGUACGACAAGCGCAUCGGUGUCGCGGCCAAGACGCUCGGCUUCUCGACCUUGUACAACAUGGCGUUCCUCGCGCUGCCCGCGACCCGCCACUGCUUUUGGAUGGAGUGGCUCGGUAUUCCGUACGCUCAUGGUAUCAAGUACCACCGCUGGCUCGGGAUUGUGACGAUUCUCGCGCUCUUCUUCCACACAGUGUUUUACAUCAAGGACUAUGCCAACGAUGACGACCUUAUCGGGCUCCUGCCGUGCUUCAACUGCAACAUUGGGGCGGGCGAAGGCAAGUCGCGCUGGGUCAACUCGUUCGGAUGGCUCUCGGGCAUUUCCAUGUUCAUCAUGGGUCUCACGUCCAUGCCGUUCAUUCGCCGCCGCUUCUACAACGUGUUUUACGUCACACACUUUCUCUUUAUUCCGGCCGCGUACUUUGCCGUUUUGCACUGGGGCAACAUUGUCAUUUGGCUCUUUACGACCACCGUGCUCUACAUUGUGAACCGCAUGAUGUCGUCGGCGACCAUCCAAGCACCGGUCGUCAUCCAGAAGGCCGCCGCGUACCCGCACGAAGUAACUGAGCUCGUGUUUGAGUGCGCGACCUCGUACCAAGCCGGCGACAUUGUCUACAUCAAGGUCCCGUCGGUCUCCAAGACGCAGUGGCACCCGUUCAGCGUUGCGUCAACGCCGCUCCACACGCCGGGCUCGCUCACGGUGUACAUCAAGACGCUCGGACGCUGGUCUGGCCAGAGCACGAUCGUGGCGAUCUAG